AUGUUGGACACAUCUACCACUCAUCCAGAACUUCUCACUGCUCCCUCUGCCGCACUGAUAGCUAGGAAAGAGGCCGCCGAAAGGAAUAAAGGGGAGAUUUGGUGGUCCAAUGGAAUCUUUUUCACCGGCAUGCACGUGUUCGCCGUAGCUGGUGUCACAGUACUCUCACCUGUCACAAAGCUCAAUCUGGCCAACGCCAUUCUCUGCUUCGUUAGCUGGCAGCUGGCGAGUUUUGGGAUAACGAUAGGAUACCACCGACUCUGGUCUCAUCGAGCCUUCACCGCUACGCUGCCUCUGCGAAUCUUUCUGGCCUGGAUGGGAUCAAUGGGAUUUCAGGGUAGUAUCAAGUGGUGGACCUUACGACAUCGGUUACAUCACCGCUUCACGGAUAGUCCCAUACAUGACCCCUACGCAGCCACGAAGGGACUCUGGUACUCUCACUGCGGUUGGAUUUUCCGCAAGCCAGUGUACGCUCGGAUGAAGCUCAUCGAGCGUGAGGAUCUCGAAACGGAUCCUGUCGUUAGCUUCCAGCACCGGCAUUAUGUCCCCAUCGCCCUUUUUUCCGGUCUCAUCCUUCCCGCGUUGAUCGCCAAAGCUGGUUGGAAUGAUUGGAUGGGAGGAUUGGUGUGGGGUGGUGCUGUCGCACGUCUCCUGAUCUGGCACACCACAUUCUGCAUCAACUCACUUGCCCAUUGGACAGGUAUCCAGCCAUAUACUGAGGAGGUCACCGCUCGUGGAAACUAUUUCCUUGCUCUCCUCACCUCCGGUGAAGGGAAUCACAACUAUCACCACGCUUUCCCCAAGGACUUUAGAAAUGGUCCCCAUCCGGCGGAUUGGGAUCCAAGCAAAUGGUUCAUCUGGAUCCUCCACCGCUACACAUCCCUCGUCCCCACUAUCUUUCGCACAUCCGAGUCUGCCAUCCACAAAGCGCGCGCCCGGGUGUUCCUCGCCAACGCCCGUCGUCUCACGCAGCAUCUGGCAGUAGGUGAGACCAUACGACCUCUGGAAGAACUGCCGGUCUGGAGCCGCAAGGAGAUCAGCAAGCGUAAUGGGGAAUGGGUGGUGGAGAAAAGUGGAGAGAAGAGGCGUCGGGUAUUGUUGAUGCUAGAAGGUUGUGUUGUGGACGUUGGGGGUUAUCUUGAAGAUCAUCCUGGUGGUGAACAACUCCUGCUUUCACAUUCUGUCUCUCUCAUCCUCCGUCGACAAGCUCCUCUAUCCUCAUCGGAUACUCUCGUUGACCUCGGUUACUCCUCUGCUUCUCCUUCUGGCUCUGAUGACGAAUCCAGUCCCGUCAAAGUCCACGACCGCGAUGACAAGCAGCAGGAAGAAAGGCCGCGCGACGCCACCCGAGCCUUCUUUGGGGGGAUGAACAACCAUUCUGAAGCUGCGAGGGAAAUGAUGCGAUGUCUACGGGUGGCCCGAGUGGCGAAAGUCUCUGUUGAAACAGUCUUUGGUCUCCCAUCAGGAACUAACCAAAAUCUGUUCUUCAACAAUUCAGAGGACAUCCUUCAAGGCAUCCUCCAGGUCCCACAGACAAGAUGUGCAAACCUGGACUCACACCCGCUUACCUUAGACGACGAAGCCGCUCCGCUCAAAACCUGGCAACAUGACUUGGCAAAGAGUGUGAUUGAAGCCUUCACAGCUGCUGCUGAAUUUCUCAGUGUGGAGGACCAAGAACUGUUGAACACGGCUCAAGAGGAUCUUCAGCCAGAUUCAAAACUUAAGAGGGAUGUUGAGCACCUCAGGAAAGGUGUUUGUUCAUGGGUAUCUUACACAGUGUUUUCUUGGGUGAGGACCAAUGGGAGGAUGAUUGAGCCAGUCCCGAGUAACCCACUGGAGAUUCUCGCAUAUGAUGAUAAUCUUUUUGAAGGAACAAGGGACAUGAAGAACUGUAAUAUAGAAUAUAACGAAGACAAUUUCCAAACCCAUGUGCCAAAGAAGGUUGCAAUACGAAUGGAUAAUUUCAUAAGAAGUAGAAGCAAUGGUACAGAACCACUCAAUGAAGAGGCAUGGGAAACAAUGAUGAACACAAUUAUUGGACCAUCCCUUCAAAUGUAUGAUUGGGCCAGUUCAGACGAGGAAGAAGAGGAUAGUUUGGAGGGUUCUAGUGAGGGUUCCCUGAACAAUUCCAAGGAGGAUGGGGGCACUUUGGGGACCGACAAUAGCGAGGACCCAAUGGAUGUUGACAUGGCUGACCAUCCACCUAGGACCAUCGGAUACCGCAGAGUAGGAGACAGAGGCCAGCAGCAUUAG